GACAUCCAGUGGGCGGGCUUUCUCUGACAGGAGGAAGAAGGCUUGUGGCUGACUGACUGGCAGCUGGGAUCCGAGCUUUAAAAAGCCGGUUGUUCUUUGCUACCUCCUUGAGAAAUCCUAAGAUCUAUGGCUGCUAAAGGGAUGAAUCUGUGUAACGUGUGCUGCCUGCUUCUUUAUGCUACUACGGCGGUGCUUGCCGGGCGAGAUUUCUAUAAAAUCUUGGGGGUGAGCAAGAGUGCAUCAAUCAGGGACAUCAAGAAGGCCUACAGAAAGCUGGCUUUGCAGUUACACCCCGACAGAAACCAAGACGACCCGCAAGCCCAGGACAAGUUCGCAGACUUGGGGGCAGCCUAUGAGGUCCUCUCAGAUGAGGAGAAAAGGAAACAGUAUGACAUGUAUGGAGAGGACGGGCUCAAAGAGGGUCACCACAGCUCUCACAACGAUAUCUUCUCCAGCUUCUUUGGUGACUUUGGGUUCAUGUUUGGUGGCAACCGACAGCAGCAGGACAGGAAUAUUCCCAGAGGAAAUGACAUAAUACUGGACCUGGAGGUUACACUGGAAGAGGUUUACUCUGGGAACUUUGUGGAGGUUGUACGUAACAAGCCUGUAGCUAAAGAAGCUCCUGGUAAAAGGAAGUGUAAUUGCAGACAGGAAAUGAGGACGACCCAGCUUGGACCUGGACGUUUCCAGAUGACUCAGGAAAUGGUGUGCGAUGAGUGUCCCAAUGUGAAGCUGGUGAAUGAAGAGAGGACCUUAGAGGUAGAGAUUGAGCAAGGAGUGAGAGAUGAGAUGGAGUACCCUUUUAUUGGAGAAGGGGAACCUCACAUCGAUGGAGAGCCUGGAGACCUUCGAUUUCGCAUCAAAGUGUUGAAACAUCCUGUGUUUGAGCGCAGAGGAGAUGAUCUCUACACUAAUGUCACCAUCUCUCUGGUGGAGUCACUGGUUGGCUUUGAGAUGGAUAUUGUACAUUUGGAUGGACACAAGGUCCACAUAGUGAGGGAUAAGAUCACAAAGCCCGGUGCUCGAAUGUGGAAGAAAGGAGAGGGACUGCCCAACUUUGACAACGUCAACAUUCGAGGUUCCCUCAUCAUCACGUUCGAUGUAGACUUUCCUCAGACACAGCUCGACGACCAGCAGAAAGAAGGUAUUCGGAAUCUUCUGAAACAGGGAUCUGUACAGAAGGUUUACAACGGACUACAAGGAUACUAACGCACCGAGCGACAGCGCCUGAACUGAUUCACAUACCACCCAAACACACACACAGACACACUUGUUCAGUCAGCAGGAGCGUGAUCUGUAAUCCUAGCCAGGGUGUAUUUAUUAUUUUUCAGAUUUGUCUCAGGAUGGCUUGAAUCAAAUUUGUUUUUACUUUUUAAAUGUUCUACAUCUUAUCAGCAGUAGCACAACAGCAGAUGUUUUAUGUGAGGUGUAAAAAUGGACACGCUGAACCUUUUCAUUCCCUGCAUUACCCUGUAACAGUAGGUCUUUUUGUCCUUAUUUGUAUGUCAAGUUUACUUCUUUGUAUCUGAAAGCACCUACUCAUGUGUCAACCGCUGCUCCUUUGUGGAGAGGACACCGUUACAGCCCUCUGCGUCUGCUGAAGGAUGAGCUACUGACAAACUGGAUAUCUGAAGAAUGUUCAACCUGUGCAAGAGCAGAAGUUUCUCCAUUUCUGGUCUUUUUGUUUUAGAUGAGUUUUAUGAAUGUAACAGUAUCACUUGUUGAGUGAUGGAACUGUUGUUGCUCUGGCCUGACUCCUGUUCAAUAAUACUCUGUAAAUAGGAAAGAACAAAUCCAAACUUGUUUGUUGUGUUUGAGUUUUCCUAACUUAUGUUGGCACGUUUCUGUUUGACAUGAUGUGACUGGAGAACUGUCAGCAUUGCACAGCCCCACGUUCACUGUGACAGGAGUUGACCUCUUAAGUUAAACAGUGAAGGCAGUUUGCUCCAGCGUGUGUUUUCCACACCUCUGACACUCUAUAGCUCAAAGGGACUUCACUCUAUGAAGAACGGCGUCCCUGUUGACUAUAAUGGGCUUUUCUGAUUUACCUUGACUCUUAAGCGCGAUGCUGCCUCCCAAUUCUGAGUGUCGUGGCCUUAAAUGUAAAUUAUUUGGCAGUUUAUACAUUUCCUAGGGGAUAUUGUACUUUUGAUUGACAAUAUAAAUAAAGAUUUCUACAAAUUCUGUUGGCAUGUUGUACCCCAGAUUCACCAGUAGAUGAUGUCAGAGUCAAGUAAAUAACAAGCUUAGAAAGCCUAAAAGUUAAAGUUCUAAAGUUACAAGGAAGGAGGAAAAACUAAAAGGUUUUUGUUUUUUUUCCACACACAAGAAUUGGAUGUACUGAUGUGUAGAAAUGGUUGCAUCGUCGGGUGCUUUGGGAGAAUUUGGUGCUGACAUGAAUUUACAUAUGGGGGUAAGUUACAUUACAGGGCAAUGGGUUUGUAAAAAUAACCAGUUUGUAUUGUGGUCGUAAUUCUGAGAUCUUGGUGAGAUAAUUGCAUAAAUUUGGGAAAUCACAAUUGAUAAUAAAACAUGUUAAAA